UCACCAAACACUGUAAUGCCUUCAACACCUCUCCAACUGUCUGGUUUUCUCAGUGGAGACACCAUUGAAGUCAAAGGGGACACUGGGAAUUUGAAAUUCUCAGUACAAUUCAGUGUGCAGAAAAAACAUACACCUGAUCAUCAGAACCACAGCCUCCUCAACUCUCUGGAUGCAAAUGCAUGUUACCCAGAAAACCAUUUCUCUGAGAAUUCAAGUUUUUCUUCAUAUAUGACCCCAAAUGCUGUUCAAGAAGUGGAAGAUCACCAAAGUGCUUCUUGUACACAACCUUCAAAGGGUAAUGAAAUAAUUGAGUCUACUGAGACAAGAAAUAUUGUGACAAGGCUGAGGAGUGGGGUGAUGUCUCCUGUCAACUAUUUUCCUCCAAUAUCAUCAGGCAGGAGUUUAAUGAGGCCUUGUUGUGGUGGGAGUGAGAAAUCAAGGAAGAAAAACAGAGGAAAGCUUGAUGUGUUUGAGAGACUGCUUAGAAGGCAUAGUUCCCCUAUAAAGCCAUGCACUUCUUAUUCUUUCUUUGUGAUGGCAACUUGGGGUGUUGUUAAGUCCUCUUCAUUUGGUGAAACAAGUAAGCAACUUGGUCGAAUGUGGUGCCAACUCCCUCAAACCGAGAAAAGGUUGUACGAGGAGAUGGCUAUGAAGGACAAUGCAAGGUACAAGAUGCAAUGCAUGCAGUUGAUGGGAAAGCCACUCAGAGUACUGCAAAAAGGUAGAAGAAGUGGAUAGCAAGACAUGGC